AUGAGCAGCAGACCCUCGAGCUCGCGCGGCGGCGCUGCCAACAAUGGUCGACCGUCAGCGAACCGCUUCGCUGAUCGUCGGCAAGAGCGUAUGCGUGGUGCAGGAACGGCUGUAGCAAUGCAACGAGAUUUCCAGUUCAAGCUACCGGCCAAACGAGCUGCACCUGCUAUGACGGGAAGUAAUGCCGACGCAUCUACUUCCACAGAUACAUCACUCACAAAGCGAAAGCCAGGACGACCAAGAGGCUCGGGCCCGAAACAGAAGGCUGCAGCUGCGGCAGCAGCAGCAGCAGCUGCUGCUGCUUCCGAAACAUCCUUCGAUGCCGGCUCCUCUCUGAACGCAUACUCACCGCCACCAGUGUACGACGAUGGAGUGCCAUACUCGCCUCACACCGAUGCAUCCGGUAGUAUGGGUGUAGGACGGCGUGCCGCCAAGCCGAGAACUUCCGGUCCCAUCAGCAGCACACCUGCUGCAUCGCGCAUCCGAAAACAAGGGCAGUCACAUCUAUCGUCCUCCAACAUCGAUCCGAUGCUCAGAGGCGACCACGAUGACGAGCUCGGAAGUCAGCUCGGCGAAGACUACUCCGGCUCUAGUGCCGAAGCCAGCGCAGGUGGUAGUGCCGACAUGGACAUGUCGACCGGAUGGGACGCCGGCGGAAUGGAUCUGGGCGGGGACGAAUCUCUUCCUAUGAUCCCUUCACCCGCUGCCUCUUCUUCCCACGUCGACACCUCCAUCCGUCGUAUGCGUCCCAGCAUCGGAGGGACGAGCGUCUCCCGCCUCAGCAUCGCCUCCGACCCCAACUCGCCAGCCGCACGAGCAGCCCAACGCAACCUCGAUCAACGUCAACGUCGGCGACAAGCCAGUCCUGGAAAAGAGCGAGUGUACAAGCAAGCAGCGGCCACCGCCGCCGCAGCCCGACAACAAGCUCGACCACCCCGGCGUGCACUCGUACAGAUCCCCUCCGAACUCGACGACGAGACUCUCAUGGACCGCACCGCCCUCGAACGCCAACGAGGAAACGCUGCCGCUCUGGCUUCAGCACGAGCAGCCCGACCUGAACGCGACAUGCAGAAACGUCUCAAGCGUGCGCUCUCUCUCGUAUUCUCCGCAUCCGAAGACCCCGACGAUCCGGACAGCUCCCGUUCCACCAAGAAGCGCAAAUCCGCCAAAUACCUCAACGACGUCGACAUCAUCUGGUCCAUCGUCGAUGAAGAGCUCCGCAGCGCCAUCGAAGAGCAACCUGCCAAAGCUCCCUUCUUGGCCCUCAAAACGCUGCGCAAGAGCGUUCGUUCCAACUUCCUCAACUUGAGCGAAAAGACCGACAACAGGACUACGCUCAUCUCGCAACUGAUGCGCGCACGAAAGCAGAAGAGAAUGCUGAGAAAGGAGGUGUUUGCAAAGAGGAGCGAGCUGGCGAAGGUCACUGUCGAGGCGAAAGAGAGGCAGAAGGAGAUGGACGAUUGGAAGAACGAGGUGGGCGAGGUGAGGAGGGUGAACAACUUCUUGCUCAAUCUGAGGCAUCAGGCUGCUGCAUGGACGUAA